GUGACGCUACCGGAAGUUCCCGCAGGGCCAUGGCGGAGCUGAGCGCGGAGCUGCUGCGGCAGAAGCUGGAGACGCGGCUGGGGGCAGAGCACGUGGAAGUGGAGGACACUUCCGGUUCUCGCUGCUCCACCUCCUUCCGCCUCCUGGUGGUCUCCUCCCAGUUCCGGGGCAAGGGCUUGCUGCAGAGGCACCGGUUGGUGAACGAGGCCCUGGGGGAGGAGCUGGGGCGGAUCCACGCCCUGGAGCAGCGAACUCUGACCCCGGAGCAGUGGGAGGAGCAAGGCCGAGCUCAUUAA